UAACAGACUCGUGGACACAAUCACGCAAUAGUAAACAUACACACCAUUGUUUCACAUUCCUUAAUAAUAGACUCAUAAACACAAUCAUGCUUGCUUCACAGCUUCCCCGGGAAACUCGACGUAUUGUAGCCUUAGGCAGACGAAAGAGUAGCGGAGGAAGGAGUUCGCUUCUGCUGCAGUGUUCGUGGUAAAAUAUAACGCGUUGCGGCGGUGCUUCGUAAUAUAGGACUGCUCAGGCACUUCGUUCAACUGUCAAGGGAGUGGUGUAGAAUCAACAGCCAGUGUAUAUCGCUCUAGAGACAGACGGGGGACUCGACUUCAAACUGUUACUGUUUUCCCGGGACUCGAAUCCAUUCAGGGUUACCAAUUGAGUAACCGUAACUCGCUCUUGAACCGAGAGACCAACGGUAUCUAAUUGAUAUCGUAUGGAGUUCAGGCGAGGAGCUUUUGGUGCGGUCUUUGUUUGCUGAGGAAAGUCUGCGGCUCACUUUCCCUUUUCCAGCGAAGGCGAGCUCCGUAUUUUUUCUCUCUUUUUUUGGUCAGCCUUUCUUCUGCCUCUCUCCUUCCUUUCCCCCCGACCCGACUCAAUCCCGUCGCCAUCUGAUUGGAAAAAAGCAGCAUCUUUGUUUUUACGGAGUAUAUACCUGCCUGCUCUAUCAGCACCAUGAAUUCGGAUAUAAAUGUGCACCUCGGCCGGGACAAAACGGGCAUCAUGCGGAAGAGAGCCCUGCUUCUCCGGAAAGGGUGUAGCUUUGAUAUUAGUUCGAGCUCUGCCUCGGAGGACUUGGGCUGCAGGCGUGGAGACUUCAGCCGAAAACACUAUGGCUCUGUCGAGCUGCUGAUCUCCAGUGAUGCAGAUGGAGCCAUACAGAGAGCGGGCCGCUUCCGAGUGGAGAAUGGCUCAUCAGAUGAGACGACGGACUACACCCCGGGAAUCUGGAGAAGAACCGAUGUCCAUCUGGAGAACCCAGAGUACCACACCAGAUGGUUCUUCAAAUACUUCCUGGGAAAAGUCCACCAGAAUUACAUUGGUACGGAUGCAGAGAAGAACCCCUUCUACCUGUCUGUGGUUCUGUCUGACCAGAACAACCAGCGGGUCCCUCAGUACAGAGCCAUCCUCUGGAGGAAGACAGGAACUCUGAAGAUCAGUCUGCCAUACAGCCCCACUAAAACACUAUCAGUCAAGUCCAUCUUAAGUGCGAUGAACUUGGACAGGUUUGAGAAAGGCCCGAGGGAGAUUCUCAACCCAGAGAUACAGAAGGACCUGCUGGUGUUGGAGGAGCAAGAGGGUUCUGUUAACUUCAAGUUCGGUGUCCUGUAUGCCAAAGAUGGACAGCUCACAGAUGAUGAGAUGUUUAGCAAUGAGACAGGGAGCGAGAGCUUCGAUAAGUUCCUCAACCUGCUAGGGGACACAAUCUCUCUGCAGGGCUGGGUGGGCUACCGCGGUGGACUGGAUACCAAAAAUGACACUACAGGAAUGAACUCCAUCUACACAGUGUACCAGGGCCAUGAGCUGAUGUUCCACAUCUCCACCAUGCUACCCUACUCCAAGGAGAACAAGCAGCAGGUGGAGAGGAAAAGACACAUUGGGAAUGACAUCGUCACCAUAGUGUUCCAGGAGGGGGAGGACACAUCUCCGUCAUUUAAACCCUCCAUGAUCAGAUCACAUUUCACACAUAUUUUUGCAUUAGUUAGAUAUAACAGUCAAAACGACAGUUACAGAUUGAAGAUUUUCUCUGAGGAGAGUGUGCCACUGUUCGGACCGCCCCUCCCCUCACCACCAGUGUUUACAGACCACCAAGAAUUCAGGGACUUUUUGUUAGUCAAGCUAAUCAAUGGAGAGAAGGCCACCCUGGAGACGCCCACGUUUGCCCAGAAGCGCCAGCGGACUCUGGACAUGCUGAUCCGUUCCCUCUACCAGGACCUCAUCCCUGACCUCCACAAGGUUCCCUUCUCUCCCCAGAACAUGCUCAACAGACGCUCGUUCAGUGACGUGCUGCCAGAGUCGCCCAAGUCCGCCCGCAAGAAGGAGGAGGCACGACAGGCCGAGUUCGUCAGGAUAGGACAGGCACUAAAGCUGAAGACCAUCGUCAGAGGAGAUGCCCCCACCAGUCUGGUCACUACAGGCCUGUGUAGAAAAGAGCCUUGGGAGUCCCAGUCAUUCUGCAGUACGUUUCCCUAUGAGACAGUGUGUGCUGACUCCUGGGGUCAGUCUCUGUUGGUCGCCACGGAAGCAGCAGGGGUCAUGAUGAUAGAUGCUGUUGAUCCACUUCUUUCAAACCCAGACGCCCAGGUCCUGCCCCCAGUGCAGGUGUUUGAUAAAACCAUGGUGGUGAAGCAGAUGCAUGUUCUAGAACCUCAGGAUCUCCUCAUCACCAGGGCUGACAAAGGGAAGGAUGCGCGUCUCUAUGUGUUCAGACUGAGCAUGCUCAAGAGAGGCCUGGAGGAGAGGCAGCUGGUCCGCACCAAGUGUGACAGCCGAGAGAACAAACUGGAGAAGACCAAAGGGUGUCACCUGUACUCAAUCAACACCCACCACGGGUCAGAGUUGAGGAUCGUGGCGGCCAUCAGAAACAAGCUCCUCCUCAUCACCCGGAAGCAGCCCCGCCCCGAUGGCAUGGGCACCCUCGCCGCCGCAACCGACUCGCCCGUGGAUCAGUUCCAGUACAUACGGGAGAUAUGUCUGUGUGAAACUCCAGUGGUGAUGGCUUUGGUGGACGGUCCUACAGGGGAGAAUGACAACAUGAUCUGUGUGGCCUACAAACACCAGUUUGACCUGAUCAACGAGAGCACCGGGGACGCAUACAGGCUACACCACGUAGACGCCAACCGGGUCAACUUUGUGGCAGCCAUCGAUGUGUACGAGGAUGGGGAGGCUGGUCUUUUGUUGUGUUACAAUUAUAUCUGUUCCUAUAAGAAGGUGUGUCCGUUCAACGGCUCCACCCCCAUGAUCCAGUCCAACGCCUCUGACUUCCACUUCAGCUGGAACCAGAUGCCCAAUGCCAUCGUGUGUGCGUUCCCCUACAUCCUGGCCUUUACCACUGACUCCAUUGAGAUCCGGCUAGUUGUCAACGGUAACCUGGUCUAUACAGCUGUGGUGCCAGAGCUGCAGCUGACUGCCUCAAGGUCGGACAUCUACUUUGUGUCGUCCGCUCCGGUCAACUCGGCUUCCAACUGCAGCUCCCGGGACACCAGUUCCCAGAGUUCCCCACAGACGCCCACAGGCUACGAGAUGCCUGUGUUUCCCUCGCCGCUCGGAGAUGAUUCUAUACGGAUCCCCUAUGGCACCAAGCUUUCCCUGUACAUGUCUAAGGAUGCCGAAGGUGAGGCACAGUGUAAGCAUAUUUUCAAGAUCCCCCUGAGUAACCUGGUGGGCCGCAGCAUCGAGAGGCCCCUCAAGUCCCCGCUGGUCAACAAGGUGGUGACGGGCCUGACAGCCCAGGCCCCUAGCAUGUGUGUGGCCCCCGCGGGGCCCCUCAUGCAGGGUGCUUCACACACCCUGUCCCUGUCCCGCAUGGAGAUCAAAGAGAUUGCCAGCCGCACCCGCAAGGAGCUGCUGGGCCUAACCGAGGAGCCGAGCGGUAAGUCCGACAGCAGCACGGUCAAACAGAGGAAGAUGAGCAAGAAGACCACUGAGGAAGAGCCAAAGGCACGAGCACUGACCUCCACCGGCAGUGACAGGAUGGGCUCAGAGUCGGCCGACACGGACUCAGACGUCCAACGGCACUGCUCGUCCAGCUCUGAUGCGGAGCAAGAGAAGGCAGUGCUUAGAGAGGAGAGCCCGCCAUUGGCCAGCCCCUUCACUCUCUCCACAUCCUUCGAAGAUGAUGUCCUGGACCUAAAGUGAAGACAAUCCCAUCAUGCACUUCUUCUCUGCCUGCCUCCUCCUCUCCUCCUCAUCCCCCAUCCUCCUUCGGUCAUUUUGUUUUGGUUGGGUUUUUAUCUCCUUUGUCUGGGUCUUCAUCCUCAGACAUGGUGGGUAGGAGGAGUAAUAGUGUAAAGUGUGUGUGUGUGUGUGUGUGUGUGUGUGUGUGUGUCUGUCUGUUGCACCGCAGCGAGUAACCCAAAGAAAAUGAGGAGAUCAUUUCAGGUGGUGUGGUUUGUUCAGAGUACAGAUGUCAUUAUACGCCGAAAGGAUUCUUCUAUAAACGAAAACUGAAUGUAAAUCUGCGCACCAAGGCACAACAAAAAAUUGGUUCGAAAACGGCGCCCUCGCGAAGUUGCUACGGCUUACCUUUUAUUGUAUAUUCUGUGAUUAUUUCCACUUUCAAAUGUAGUAUAAUAUAUGCAUAUGUAUGUGUACAUCUAUUUAUACAUUAAGAUGCAUACACAUUGACAGACAUUAAUACCUUUAUAGAUAUAUUAUAAUAUACAUUUUAUUCACAUAUUUAGUAAAUGUACAAUGUUUUAUGCUCUCCAUGUCUGUCAGUCUUGUUCUAUUUCCUUCCCAACUCUGUGUGCAGGUAUACAGGACUGGACUGGAGGCAGUCUCCCACAAGUGCCAUUUCCCCACAUCCUCCACUAAACUACAACUCCCAUCAGCCACCAGUCACCUCUCCUCUGAUUGGCUGGUCUCUGACAGUAGCAGUCAUAAUCAUGUAUCCCUCCGUAGAUAACAUCCCACAGUGACUCUGUGAGCUAGGUUUAAUAAGCAUAGAGUCAAACACACACCCACACCUCUAGGGCCUCUAAAAGCACCUGCAUGCCUCUGCUACUACUGUCCUGUCUCUGGCUAUCCCUGAGAAUCCAUGGGGUCCACGUCUUCACAGAAUAUACAGUCUCCUAUACACAAACCACAACCUUUCCAGUAAGUUUACUGUGGUUUAUGAGUGGCCCAACAAUGGUUUAGUCAGGGGCCAAUUGGCCAGUUAGCGCAUCGCCUUUACAGUGGGCCUUUAAAGUCUGUCCACUGUUGGGCCGCUAGUGGCAUCGGCUGCCGACACGGGGACGCCAUGAGCUUGUGUGCUUUAUAGCGGUGUGCAGACUCAUAGCCACCAGUGGUUCACUUGUUCGUUGGGUUGGAGAAUUGAUCAAGUGGCCAACUACUUCCAUUUAGGAGUGAUGUAAUGAGGUAAUGUAGUCAGUCAUGGUGUGCAUCCCAAAUAGCACCAUAUUCCCUAUUUAGUGCACUACUUUUAACCAAGGCCCAUAGAGCUCUGGGAAAAAAUAUAGUGCACUAUAUAGGUGAAGAGGCCGCCAUUUGGGAUGCAGACAGUGGAUGAGAGGCCAGACAGAUGGUAGGUACUAUAGCCUACCUCAGAGUCCCUAUAGGAGCUAUUUGGAAGAAGGAAUUCUCACUCCUCUCCAGCUCUUCACUAGGAGCAAGACAUAACUCACUAAGUGCAAUGGGACAUUACUAGAAACACAGGAGUUAUGAUGCGUGUAGAGAGAGUCAACUGAAACAGCACAGAGGAAGCCAUAACACUUAACCUCCUCUGGUACCAGAGAUAUAGUAACCAAGCCCAAUGAGAGUAACCAAGCCCAAUGAAUAGGGUGAUAUCAGCCUAUCAGCACACGGGUCAGCGGUCAGACAUGACUCAUUACUAGGGAACCAUGGGAAAUGUAGUGUCUCAUCACUAUAUGUAGCGGACAUGAGUCAGGCUCACAGUCUCGAUAAGGUAGCCCUGCCUGUGACUUCAAAAUCAAUGUCACUCUCGGCCCAAGAGGGAAUUUCCUAUUGGGGCAACGGGCUAACGGUUAGGAUGUUGGUUUCUCCAGUGGAAGACCAGGUUCAGAUCCCACCGUGACAUACAGGAGGAUAUUGUCUUGGCAGUGUCUUAUGCUGCAUCAUCCUGAGAGCAGUGUUAGGGAUGAGACUUUGGCUAAGGUACCAUUUUGGCUAUGUUGUUAUUACUAGCCAGGGUGAUAUUGCUGAGAAGUACACAUCCUGAGAGCAGUAUUACGAGUAUUAGGGAAAGUUCUUGGCUAAAGCAUGUGCAUCCAUUCGGCUAUGUGAGUGCCCUCGUGUGGUCGGCUUGCGACAUGGCACCCCUCUUCUGAUCUUGCAUGAGCCCCCCUGCCAUCUAACUAUCUCUCUCUCUCUCUCAUUCUCUUCUGUUACUCUCUGUAAUUGCCUGUCUAAUGUGGUCUCCUUCAACACUAUUACGCAAAACUGGAGGAAUGAAAAAAGGGAAUUAAUAGGGGGACUAUUUUUACAAUGGAAUUUUUCUUGUUAUUUAUUCUGCUGGUUCUUAACAUGAGUGUAGGUGAAUGGGGGUGUGAUGUCUGGCGGUUUGAAGGUUUGUAAUACAGCUUCUAUCACUUUGAUCGUUCUCCCUGUUUCUCUCUCCUUCGUUUCUGUCGGCCCUGUUAAGUUCUCACCGCCCGACUCCUUGAUGUUUUUCGCAGUGGUUUUUGUAUCUAAAUCAAUAUUUACUGUUUAGGCUGUUGCUCAACCUCUCUGUGAUAUGAAAACGGAAGAAAAAAAUGAAAAAAACACCAAGUGUCUUAAAAAUAAUGUAUCGCCAUCGUUUUUAAUGCCAAGUACUACUUGUAAAUGUGUGUGUUUCAAAUGUGGCCUCAAAUGAAACUGAACUAUUAUUAUUAUUAUUAUUAUUAUUAUUUGAAAAAUUGUUUCAAUUUGAACAAGUGCUGUAGACCACUGCUGUGAAAGUAGUAAAUUCUGUUCAUUGAUAUGUAAUAAAUAUUUAUAAAAUUUGAA